GGGCAGACGGAGGCGGGGGCCUCGCUGGUGGUUGACGCGCGGGAAGAAGCUAGGUGAACAGGGCUCUCGCUCUCGCCAGGCGCUUCCGGGAGAGUUCCUCGUCGCGCCGUCGCACGGCGCAGCAUGGGUGGCGCGCGGGCUGCAGCUUGGGUGGCGGCGGGCCUGGCCCUGGGCGCGGGCGCGGGCUUCUGCGUCUAUCGCCUGGCGCGCGGCCGGCGGCGCAGCAAACGCGGGCUGCGCUCCUCCGGGUCCGCAGAAGAUUUAACCAGUGGCUCAUACGAUAAUGUCUUAAAUGCCGAACAACUUCAGAAACUCCUUUACCUACUUGAGUCAACUGAGGAUCCUAUAAUUACUGAAAGAGCCUUGGUCACUGUGGGUAACAGUGCAGCCUUUUCAACGAACCAAGCUAUUAUUCGUGAACUGGGUGGUAUUCCAGUUGUUGCAAAUAAAAUCAACAGUCCAAACCACAGUAUUAAGGAGAAAGCUUUAAAUGCGCUAAAUAACCUUAGUGUGAAUGUCGAAAAUCAAAUCAAGAUAAAGACAUUCAUCAGUCAAGUCUGUGAGGAUGUCCUGUCCGGUCCCCUGGACUCUGCCGUGCAGCUGGCCGGGCUGAGACUGUUGACAAACAUGAUGGUCACCGACGAGCACCAGCACAUGCUGAGCGGCUACAUAGCAGACCUGUUCCGCGUGUUACUGACUGGAAACGGCACCACGAAGGUUCAAGUUUUGAAGCUGCUCGUGAAUUUGUCUGAAAAUCCGGCCAUGACAGAAGGACUUCUCAGUGCCCAAGUGGGCUCGCCGUUCCUUUCCCUUGUUGAUGGCUGUGUAGCACAGGAGAUUCUUCUUCGGGUACUUACGCUGUUUCAGAAUAUAAAUAACUGCCUCAGAGCGGGAGGCCGUCCAGCUGGCCAGCCUCCCUUCCCUAACGGUUCAUUGUUUUCCCUACUAUAUGGAGAAGAGUGUGUCCAGAAAAUGCAAGCUUUAGUUUAUCAUCAUGACGUGGAUGUGAGAGAAAAGGCUGUAACAAUAACAUCAAAAUUCUGAUUGGGUGUCGUAUUUUCCAGAGGAGUGCAGUCCGCGCAGUAACACACAGAAACUUAUUUUGUCUUCUUUUUUAUAAAGGGAUCCUCUCAGCUGCUGAUUGAACUUCACAUAUCUUUAACACAGUACAGAUUGACCAUCCUCAACCUGACAUGAUGCUCAAAGAUUUAGAAUUUGAAGCAUUUCCGAUUUGUGGUUUUUGAAUUGAGGAUCCUCAGCCAGUAAAGUCUAUGCAAAUAUUCCAAAGUUCCAAAAACUUCAAGUGUAAAACACUUCUGGCUCCCAGCAUUUCAAAUAAGGGAUACCCAAUGCAUAUAACUUGCUAGGUCUGCCAGUUCAUUUUGGACCAUUUUAUUAUACUAAACAAAUGUAAGUUUGGAUUGAAACCAGGUUUGCUAUUAGCUGAGACACACUGCCUUCACACGAAGUGGCAGCGACCCUUUUAUGUAGAAGACCCCCUUCUCCUGGAAGUGACUUACAGACUCAUCUGAGACAGCAUUAGUGUGGGAUUCGCUCACCGUCUGAGAACUGCCACAAGGACAGCCUUGUCCUUUAGUUAGCAGUGAGGUCCCGAGUUCUCAUCUCUACCUGCUAAGCCAGCCAUAGUGCUUUCAGAAGUCUGCUGUAAUCAUCAGAAUCAGUUCUCACCAUUUCCAGUCAAUAAAAAAUAAAAACUUUUGUGGGAAAAUGUUUCUUAGUACUCACCUACUCAUAAGUACAAACUGUGUAAUUUUUCAAUAAAAAGGAAAAAACUGACAAUGCUAUAUUUUUCCCUUGACAGUAUUUAUUUUCAUCCAUUUUUUACUAAAAUUACAAUAUAUGAACAUUAGUAUUUUUCUCCCAUAAGCUAUAACAACUUGAUAUAUUUUAAUUCAGCCAGGUUCUAUAAUAUUCAAGUUCAUAAACCCCAUCAUGCUUAGCACUGAGGAAAUAAAUAUGCAAGCAGAAGGUUCCUUCUUGUGUACUUAAAGCCUUAAGAGAACUUUAAGUUUCAUUUGUAAAUAUACAAGACUAUUUCCAAAGAAAAUUACAAAUCCUCAAACUCAACAGUGUUCUCAGGGUUGUCCUGAUACAGAAAUCACACUCUGAAGAAAUAUUUUAACAGUAGAAAAAGGGUUUAUAUACCAUGAAAAAUUGAAAUUUCCAGUGGGCUAGAAGAGUAGCAUAUGAUGGCUAACAAUUACACUUUUGUAUGUUGGUAAUACAAUAAAGAUACUAUUAAAUCCUG